GUUUUCGUUUGGAGUCCCGAACAGAGGUGAUGACCCACUGUAGUGACAAUGAUGAGCAGAGUGAUGACAGAGCAGAAAAAGCCAACAGGAACCAGAAGAGAAGUAAAGGAGAGAAGCAUGUGUCUUUCCCCCCUGAUGAACAGAUAGUAUCCGGCUUUGCAGAGCACAUUGACGCUGACACAAAGGUUGACAGCUGCCUCACCUUGACAGAGGUAAUGGUGGCGUACCAGCAGAGCUGUAGCAGACACCAGGUCCAACCCAGAGCGCACAUCCUGCAACAGCUCCAGCAGGGUGUGUGUGUAGGUGGCAGUGUGAAAUGUCUGGAUCUCAAAGGUGAGCGAUUAGACCAGCGCUCCUGUGAAGCUCUGGAAGUCGUUCUGAAAUCGCUGCACUUUGAUUUCAUCAAUCUGCAGGCAGCCCAACUGGAAGAAAAUGGAGCAUCGUCCUUGCUGGAUAUGAUUUUGUACUAUGAAUCUACAACCCAUCUUGACAUUUCUGACAACAGCAGUAUGGGAACAUUGUGUUGGAGGGCCCUCGCUCAUUUGAUAAAGCAGAGUGCGCGUCUGUCCAGACUGGAUGUGUGUAAUGUGCCUGUGGUUGACUAUCCGGCCCAGUCUCUAUCCAAUGCUCUGCUGACCAGCCGGCUCACAGUGCUGCACCUGCACAAUGCCCAGCUCAGCGGCAUGCCGCUCUACACACUGGUUCGCGCACUGAAGUCAAACAAAGCUCUGCAAGAGCUUCACCUCACCAACAACCUUCUGAACAGCUACCAGGAUGCCCUGUACUUGGGAGACCUGCUGCACUACAACACCACCUUACAGACACUUGAGCUUAGCAGCAAUGAUGUAGCAGAUGCUGGUCUGGAAGAGCUGUGUGACGGUCUGAGGUGGCAGACAGCAGGUUUGAAGGUCUUACUGCUGAGGAACAACCAGAUCACUGCAAAUGGCAUGUUCCACCUGGCCAAGACUCUGCCCAUGCUGAAGGUCCUGCAGGUCCUGGAUUUGGGUGAGAAUGCCCUGGGGAACGAGGGGAUCCAGGUGAUCAGGGAGCCUCUGAUGGUGAACAGCUCACUGCUGCAGCUAGGCCUGACUCAAGCCAACAUCACAUGUGAAGGUGCCGUGGCCUUGGCAGAGUUCCUGGCAGAGGGUCGUCAGAUCCAGCAGCUGGACCUCCGUCAGAACCAGGUGAAGGUUGGAGGCCUGAUGGCCUUGUGUCUGGCCCUAAGGAUCAACCGUUCUCUGGUUAGCCUGGAUCUGGACCACAUCCCUCCACAGGAGCAGUUGCAUCAUGAUGACACCGGUGCUCUGGGGAACACAGAACGUAGGCAGACAAUAGCAACCAGGCAGAACAAACCUCCCAGCAUGCCUCAGAGGGCAGCAGGGAACGGCUCAGAGCAGGAGGGACCCGGGUUCACACUGCUCCCAGAUCAGCCAGUCACCUACUGGAACCACCACACAAUGCAGCUCGCAUAG